UUCUAUUUUAUAUCUUCUCUAUGCAAAUUCAUUCAUAACGGUAUUAUUUAGCAAGAUAUACAUUUAAAUAAAUGAAUCAGCGAAAUGUCAACAUAGGCGGAUAAAAUACUUAUAUCUUAUGUAAUAGAAUAUCAUUAAACAGACACUACGGAGGAAGCGAUGGGUCGUUAUCAAACAACAGCGUUUAUGGGGUGUUUGUGCUGUUUGUUCCUGGUCAUACAUACAUUGCCAACAUCUAGAUCGCCAUUACUGACCAGCAUACAUCUUACUGACCAGAACUGUACUGACUGUUGUGAAUUUCUGCAGUGUGUUGAAAAAUUUACUGGCAAAAUCAACAUAUCUACUGGUGGAAUUCAAUUUAUUGAAGCAGCUUGCAAUGACAUGGGGAAUCAGCAAUUGCUGUCCUGUUAUGUUCCAGAGAAAAUACAAAGCUGUUCCUACCUAAAGCGCAUGUCUUCUUAUCUUCCUGGGCAACAGACCCUGAAGCAACAGUUGACGGAAAUGUGUGCACAUAAAGAAGAUUUCCUUGGACUUGAAUCAUGCAUAGCUGCCAAAAUGUUUGUGGACAGUUAUUCCAUCUGUACGGCUCCAUAUAUAGCUGCGUUAAGUGAUAAGACAGCUGAUUUAUGUCAGGAGAUAUAUAUUUUUCUGGUAGAAGGGGAAAGGAGAGGAGGGUGUGCGAAAACAGAAGAGGCAUGGGAAAAAGGAGAUGACUACCCCUGUCCUCCCCUGAUUGAAAACAAUUAG